GCCGGAUGAGGGAGGAGGUAGAGGGAACGGAACAAUGGUGGGGAUUGAAGGGUUGGUGGAUACGGCGGUAGAGGUGGUAGGAGUGGAGGAGGUCGGCAGGGGGGUGUUGCUAGAGGCAGCUGUGGAGGUUGGAGUGGUUUGCACUGUGGAGGUUGGAGUAGUUUGCGUGGUGGUGACGACCGUGAUGGGGGGGGUGGUCCCUUCGAGCGUGGUGACGCGAUCGCAUAAGGAUGACACGUUGGCCUUUAUGUCGUCGAGAGAGGCGGUGACAGAGUUAAGUGCGUGGAGGAUGGCAGAGAGGUCGGGGGUGGCGGUGUUUGCUGGUGGUUGUUCGCCGGCGAGGUUGCGGGCGAUGCUAUCGACUGAGUCGGCGCGGAGAGAGCCCAUGUUGAUGCUGGAAGCACCGUCGGCCAUUGGGGUGGACGAAUGUGAGGCGGCGAGGGAAGACGGGGGGGAGGAUGUAACAGCAGCAGGGGAGGCGGUAGCAGCAACAGCAGCAAUGGCAGCAGCGGCGGCCGCGGCAGCGGCGUUGGCGGCGGCGCGUUGGGAGUACAAUUUAUCGGAAAUGCCUAUACAGUUGUACCGUGUACGGAGGCGAAGUCCAGAAACAGAGUAAGUAAAGGAAUAAUGAAUUCUGACCGAUAUG